AAACACUUAUUUUUUGUUUUCUUUGCGGACCGUCGUGGGCGAAAUCAAAAAAGUUCCGACAUUCCAUCACACAGCUACAAAAUUUGCUCCGCUUAAAUAAAUCAGUAAAACUAUAAAACUUAUUUGCAAAUCAAAGAAUAUAUUGCAUAGCAAACUAGUGGGAAUCAGUGUAAGACAAAGUGGAAGUUUUGUGGCAUUCCGCCGAGUAUACUAUGAACAAUAGAACUGAAUUAUAGCCGCUGGUGUUGUUUGUUACCAACUUUAAGAAACCGCCGUAAGAAGCUUUGAACAAGCAUAAAAAAUUAUUUUAGACGAGCGGCGCCAAUGAUAUAAUAAACAUAUGUCUGACAAAGUGAGUCAGACGACCCACAAACGACCGUCACUUUCGUUUGCUUGUUAUCAACAGCACUGUCAGACAAUUUGGAAACAGAAGAGCCGGAACUCAAGGUAUGAUAUCAGGAUGCAUUUGAAUCAGUAAUCCGGUAUCAAAGUGCAUGACCGUACGCGCCCCGAGUUGUCACGAGUGACGUGAUAAGAUAGAACGCGAGCAGCAGUAGAAUUUGGAGCCCACAAUCAUUCACCGUCUUAUCGCUGUUCAGUUAGUUGCUGCAAGUGAAGUUGGUUGGUUUAAAGUUGAUGCGAACAAAGAAAUUAGACAUGCCAAAGCAACCUGAAACAAUAGCAAUGGAAUGCAGCAGUGGAACUGACGCCAACGACGCCAUUCUUCAGAUAGACUCGGAGGUUGAGACGGACUGCUUGGUUACGGAAUCGAAACCCAAUUCCGAUGAGUUGUAUCUUUUCGAUACCUUGAUUGAGUUAUGUAGGAACAAUAUCAACUAUUUCAAAGAUGAUGAAACGGAGAAUGGACUUCGAAUUCAUGGUGCCUUUGUGGGACUGAUUGAUCACAUCGAGACUGCCAAGCCGUUGGUGAAGGAGAUCAAAAAUUUUGCGCAUGAGUAUGACUACGAUGAGGCCAGUCCAGGGAAUGGAUUCAGGAGUUUUAUUUAUGUAAUGAAUAGCUGCGUCAAGAAUACUUUGAAACUCGCAAGGUAUGUUAUGGAAAAUAGAGGUAGCAUGCUGUUCAGGAAGACUGUCUAUGUGAAGGAAGUUGAAGCGUAUAAUCAUCUGAUGGCUAGUCUUUGCACGUGUCUUAAACAUUGUUGUACACUUCGUCAGUGGAGUAAGUCAGGAGAGCUUUUCCCUGAUGCACAUUCCGUUGAAGAACUGCUCGGCAGAGCAGAAACGAUCAAUCAGUUUUGUUUUUAUGGAAGAUGUCUUGGUUUCCAAUUUUGUGAGUCCAUGAGAUCGUUACUGAAAUUUAUUUCAAUUGGAAUGGCAGGCUUUUCCGAGGGUUACUACUCGGAAGGCGGGAGAAUAUCCAAGGCCACUAAUCUAAUGUUCACGAGCACAAAGUAUUUGUUGGAUCCGGAGCUAAGAGCGCGUCGAAUUGUCAACAUUUCUCAGCAUUCUAAUGUAGACUUUUGUAAAGCCUUUUGGUUUUUAGCUGAAUCCGAAUUGAUGCAAUCGCUUCCGUCUAUCGUUGGGUUUAAAAUCAAGGUUAGCCGUGCCAUAACCAUCCCUCCGGAACCAAUCGCUUUGAAGGCUGAAAACUUAGACGAAAUCAUUAACAUUCCAAUACCCAAAGCUUACAGUGGAGCAGGUCCAGUCAAAGCCCGCCUCAUUAGUGCCGUGAAACGGAGAGGUAUGAUUGGCCAGAAAGUCAACCCCCGCAGUACAAUCCACCCACCGUCUCCAGCAUUGCUGUUUCACUGCCAUGGCGGAGGAUUCGUAGCGCAAAGCUCUAAGUCGCAUGAGAGUUAUCUGCGCGAAUGGGCCAUCUCUCUGAACAUUCCUAUCUUUUCAAUCGAUUACAGUCUUGCUCCGGAAGCACCAUUUCCGCGGGCUUUGGAGGAAGUGUUCUAUGCUUACUGCUGGGCACUGAAAAACUGUGAACUGCUCGGGACAACCGCUGAAAAAAUCAUCUUUGCAGGUGAUUCCGCUGGGGCAAAUUUAAACUUAGGUUGUGUUAUGCGGUGUAUCGAAACGGGAGUACGGAGACCGAACGGAAUAUUCUUGGCGUACUGUCCGGUGCUAAUUAGUUUCGUUCCAAGUCCUGCUCGAAUGCUAUGUCUGAUGGAUCCACUGCUACCAUUUGGAUUCAUGAUGCGCUGCUUGAAGGCUUACGCAUGUCCGAGUAAGGAAGUGUUGGAGCACAACCAGCGACGGUUGGAAGAACGGAAUGCUAUAGUAAACGCUGGCAGUUCCACCAACAAUUCCACGUCUUCGUAUGUGGUUAUUCAGAAGGAAGUCGAAACAGCCGGCAAAAGUGACGCUAAGUUUGAUGACGAUAAGUCAGACAAUUCGGCGUCUCCGGAAAAUUCCGCCUGGGAUCAGCUUAACAGCAUUGAAACUGUACAGAAUCAACACCUGAGUCCGGUUAGUGAUACCAUUAGUGACACGCUGGCACUGAAAAGUCAAACCAUCGGAAACACCAUAGAUCAGAUGAGUCCGGAUGAGAGUAACACGAUCACAUCGUUGGAGGAGGAUUCUCAACCGAUUACGCUCCAACAGGUGAACCUCGGAACCGAACAGAGCAACGUUACAGUGAUAGAUGACCUUGAUAUGGAACUGCCAAGUGAUAUGAGCUCUGAACAAAACACCAACAAAAAUGUAUCCGAUUUCAUCGAAAGGUACGUGCUGGACACUACGACGAAUGCUGCCGGUCAGAUAGAACCUAUACUGAGACCGGCUUCGCGUUCCGCUUCUGAAGAAAACGUAGUUUUGGAUAUUGGCAGAGAAACGCUCAGUGUUCAAAAUCUGCAAGAAAAAGUUGCAAACGUGGCCACUAGUUUGGUGAAUCGUGUUUCGUCCACAUUUAGCGCUAUCACCACUUCAAACCCAAUUGCCAGCAGUAGUUCCCAGUCUGAUUUUCAGAGCAAUCUGGAUGCUUUAAUCGCGCGUAGUCCUUCGGAUGAAUUCAUUUUUGAUGUACCGAAAGAUUCCCAUCUGUCUCCGUACUGGGCAACGGAUGAGGUUCUACGUCAGUUCCCUCCAACGAAAAUAUUAUCGGUGGUGUUGGAUCCAUGUUUGGACGAUUGUGUGAUGUUUGCGAAAAGACUGAAAAAUUUAAACAAACCUGUUUCGUUGGAUAUACUACCGGGGCUUCCGCAUGGUUUUCUCAAUUUCGCUUCUAUCUCCAAAGAAGCACACGAGGGCUCCAAAAUGUGCAUCCGUCGCAUAGCCGAGCUGCUGGAGCAGGCCGAUCUUCCGACCGACGAGAGAACCGCCGCCGACUGCUGUUAGCGAUUCGGGAGCUGCCUAGCCGAAUCAAAGCUAUUGUUUCGCAAAGGUAGUGAACACAUCGCCAGGGUCUAGUCAGCUGGCUGCUUGAAUAUUAAUAUUCUCAAAACAUACGGUGUUGAGGCAAAAAUAUAGAGGCUGUAGGUUAUUUUUGACUGUUACUGCAUCUUGGCGCUCAAGGUUGCAAUUCUACUAGCAUGGCAUUGUGCAAUCGCUUUUUUAUUCUUGUAAGCUGCCCAUGAUGCUACAUGGCAGUUAUGGAUAUGUUGUAGGAAAAGCAAAACUAAACUUAGUACAUUACAUUUGAAAAAUACAUAUUUUGGCAACUGAAAAUAUCGAAAGAAAAUUUUCACGAUGAAAAUAAUCAUUGGCCUUCGCUAAGGGUCCAAAACUGAUUCCAAACCAAAUAAAUCGUAUGUAGACAAACAGGUCUUACUGUAGAUUACAUUACAACGCAAGCACUCAUAGCUCAGCUCAACGCAGUUUUUAUUAGCAGCAAAGCAAUAUUAAUAAUUUCAAUGGAGAAAUUAACUCUGGAAGCAAUCACAUUUCAUUUUUUUUUCUUUAACUCUGAAGUCUGGAAAGCAAUGUACUCUUUUCAAUAUUUUCAUUAUUCCAAUAUUUGAAUUAAACUGGCAGAUUUUGCUAGUGGCAAUCACAUUCUAUAGCAGGGAAAAUUGCUUGAUCAUAUUAAUUGAGAAAUUAGACAUUCCUAAAACGAACUAGUGAAGAUAUUGAAAAGACAACACCUAGAUCAAAUGUACCUCUGAACAAGUAUUAAACUGCAAUCAAAAACACUGAAACCGAACCACUAAACUACUGAGUUGUGCUUAUAAUUGCGGUCAAUAGUUACCGUGCGCUGUUUGAUAUUGCAACAUUGUGUGAAAUUGGCUGUUAUUUAUACAAAAAAAAUCUCAUUGCUUUAAAUCCGUAUGCAUACGUUUGGAAACCAAAGACUUGUACUGUUCCGAUAUUUAUACAUGUUGUUUUGUUGGAAAGCAUUUAUAACAAGUAAGAAAGCGUUUCUUUUACGAAAAACUUUCGUUUUGUCUAUGAGAUGCAAGAGAUGCGAAAUAUAUUUACCUACAUACAUAUUAACUACUUUGAUACACCGACAGCAAACGCGUCACCAAAAGAAUGGGUGUACCUAUAAAAUAAACAUCUCAGAACCGAAACUGUUGUUAAAAAAAAUGAUGCAAGUUAUAUUUCAAACUCAAAUGUUAAUUAAAUUUACAUACAUUAUUGUAUAACACAAGGUGUAAAGUUAAUAAAAUUAUUACAAUAAA